AUGCAUAUUCCGGAUAGGAUUGGAACCUUGUUCCACAUUUCCAUCUUGGAUUUGAGCGGGAACAGUUUAACAGGAUUAAUCCCGCCAUCAAUACGGAACUUGAGCGAAUUGGACACGCUUCAGCUGGAAGAUAACAUGCUUUCAGGAGAAAUCCCUUCCUGGUUAUUUGACAUUGAGAGUUUGAAGAAUUUGUAUCUUGGAGGAAACAAGUUUCUUUGGAAUAACCACGUCAAAAUAGUUCCCAGCUGUAUGCUUUCCCAUCUCUCCCUCAAAUCAUGUAAAAUAUCUGCAGAGAUUCCAGAAUGGAUUUCCACUCAAAAGAAUCUUAAUUUACUCGAACUGAGUGAUAAUCAGCUCACAGGAAACUUCCCACUUUGGAUUGCAGAGAUGGAAAUUGAAUAUCUCCUACUGUCACGGAACAAACUAAAUGGGUCAAUACCUUUUUCUCUUUUUCAGUCUCAAAACUUAUCCGUUUUGGAUCUUUCAAGAAACAAUUUCUCAGGGGAGUUGCCACAAAAUGUCGGUCAUGCUUUAAAGAUGAAGGUACUAGUGCUUUCUGGAAACAGUUUUUCAGGGUCGUUCCCGAAAUCCAUCGCAGAUCUCCCUUCACUAAUGCUACUAGACUUGUCAAGAAACAGACUCUCUGGCAACACACUCCCGGUUUUCAAAUCUAAUUUGUCACCAUCAUAUGUUGAUCUGUCCUCUAAUGAACUAUCUGGUGACAUUCCCGUGUCACUUGUCAGUGGAACUUUUAUUCUUGCACUAGGGAAAAAUAAGUUCUCUGGAAGCUUCCCUAGGAACCUCACUAAUGAUGUGCUCCUUGAAUAUCUUGAUCUACAUGACAACAACAUUACAGGUUAUUUUCCAGAUUAUUUAAUUUCACAAUUAUCCAACCUUCAGGUUCUGAGUUUACGUAACAACUCACUAUAUGGCCCAUUGCCGUCCAACUCAUUCUAUGGAAGUCGCCUCCAAAUUCUUGAUCUCUCAAGUAACAGUCUUGUUGGAAGUAUCCCUACAGAAUUGGGAAAUCUACCGGGAAUGAGUGGAAGACUCUCAGGAUACAUGGUCGGCUAUACUAUUGGUGAGCUAGAGUUGAACUGGAUCGAGGCCACAGUUUCAUUGUUUAGUGGCAUGCACACCAUUACAAUCGAGAUGAAUGAUUUAACAGUGAACUGGAAGAAUGCCAUGCAAGGUCUCUCAAGUCAGGAUCGACAUAUUUAUACUCUAAUAGACUUGUCGAACAAUAAGUUUUCAGGUGAUGUUCCAGAUUCAUUCGGAAAUCUCAUAGGGCUGAAGCUACUCAACCUCUCCUACAAUAAACUCUCUGGAUAUAUACCACAAAGUUUUGGAGAUCUAGAAAGUAUAGAGGCAUUGGACCUGUCUAACAACAAUAUCCCUGGUGCAAUUCCACAAUCAUUUAGGAAGUUAGAUCAACUAUCCGUGUUUGAUGUCAGUAACAACAAGCUAAGUGGUGAAAUCCCGCGGGGUGGACAGAUGGACACGAUGAAUGAUCCGAGUUAUUUUGCCAACAACAGUGGAUUAUGUGGGAUGCAAAUCAGAGUGAAUUGUUCAAAAGACGAGCCAACACCCAAUGAUGGCGAAGAAGAGGAUGAGGAUGACCAUGAUGAAAAGGAGCCAUGGUUGUUGUGGAUAGGAGUGUGGAUUGGAUUCCCACUUGGCUUCAUCUCAUCCGUAUUAACAGCAUUUCUUGGUGGGUAUUUUGUUAUACCAAUAGCAAAGUACCACUCGAUCCACUACAGGCACAGAUGA